AAAUUGGAGGAAACUGUCCCUCUGCAUGCACCCUACUUUCUGGCCAGGAUGCAGACUUUUCGCACUGGGCCUGGUGCUGCUGCUUGCGGUACUACUCGCUCUGGGAGUUCCUGAGUCAGCCUGGGUUUACAGAGUGUUCACGGGCAUCAACCUUUUGGUUCUCAGCUUCAUCAUCGUCUCUGGCUUCAUUAAUGGAGACCUGCACAACUGGAAGCUCACGGAACAGGACUACCCAUUGGCAACAGCUGUAUUCUCGUAUAGCUUGGGCCCUCCAGGUGCUGGAGGGUUUGUGCCUUUUGACUUUGAGGGGGUUGUCCAAGGAGCAGCUACGUGUUUCUAUGCAUUUGUUGGUUUUGCUGCCAUUGCCGCUAGAGAGAGAGGAGACCUCAAGCCUCAGCGGUCCAUCUCCCUGAUCUCACUCCUCAUGUGCUUUUUGGCGUAUUUCGCUGUCUCAGCGGCACUCACCCUCAUGGUGCCCUACUACCAGAUUCAUCACCACAGCCCCUUGCCCGAGGCUUUUCUCCAUGUUGGCUGGGGCCCUGCCAGAUAUGUGGUGGCUGUUGGCGUCCUCUGUGCUCUUACGUCCAGCCUCCUGGGUGACAUGUUCCCAUGUCUCGGUUAA